GGUUGCCGCACAGUGACGCAGCCGCUGCCAGAGUUCACAUAAGACUCUCCGGUUGACCUUGUCGUUGAUCACCGACCACAAACAACACACCGUCCAGGGAAAGCAUGGCGACCCCGGGUGUACCCGCACUGCCCAGCUCGGGAUUCAGGUUAUCGAAAGAGCAUUUCGUGGUUGCGGUGCCGGUCGCAGUGGUUGCAGGCAUCGGAGGUUUCCUAGUCAGCCAUUACCUGAGCGGGCGGAGCUGUAAAAAGGGCCUGGUGAACACAUCCAUCAGUAAAGACAGUCCUAAAGUGGUCCACAGCUUCGACAUGGAGGACAUCGGCACCAAGGCUGUGUACUGCCGCUGCUGGAAGUCAAAGAAGUUCCCUUUCUGCGACGGAGCCCACACCAAACACAACGAGGAGACCGGGGACAACGUCGGGCCGCUCAUCAUCAAGAAGAAGGACGCUUAAGCCAACCGACCCCCGAGAAGAUCCGCCCUCGUUUGACAUCUCAUGCACCCGACCCCGGUUUCAUCUAACCAUUGUAUCAUCAACGUUGCAGUGUCACACUGAUGGUUACGGUAUAACGUGGCCACAGUUUAAACCAAACUGUAGAUAGUUUACAGAACAGAAACUCAGAAAGUGCUUUAAAAAAAAAAAAGAAAUCUCGAUGAAUUUUGAUUUAA